CUGAAGUGUGUAUUUAAAGUGGGUUGUUAGCUUAAACAGCCAACAUAAAGCAGCCUUUACCAGUUUAAAUUUCAGGACUGUCAAUUUGCCACACAUUCUGGUCUUGAAAUCACAAAUUGUAUUUCAUAAAAGUACUCAAAAUAAUAGUGAAUUCACAACUUUUAAAUAGAAGACAGUCCUCAAUGCCCUUUGAAAAUGGCAACUUCUGUAGAUUCAGUUCAUAAAUCUUCAGAUUCAGUGAAGGACUAUUUGUGUAGCCCUUGCGAAAGUAAAAAUAAAGAAGCAAGUGCUGAAAUUUUUUGUGAAACUUGUUUGAAGUGUUUUUGUGAAGAAUGCCUUCAUUAUCAUGAUCAUAUAUUUGUAAACCAUUUGAAAUAUGGAAGGGGAGAAACAAAUAAAUGGCCUUUAACAAAAACAAUGGAGGAUUUGCUACUGAAAUGCGAUGUUCACAACAACAAGAAACUGAAAAUGUUUUGCCAGGACCACAAACAGCUGUGCUGCUCUGACUGUGUUUUACUGAAUCACAGACAAUGUACCAAUUUGGCCCUAAUUUCUGAAUCACUCAAACAGCUGUCAGUGGAUAUGAAGCAGUUUUCAAACAAAAUUCAAACAAUUCUUGCUGAAAUAAAUAAGUUCAAGAGAACACAAGAGGACAGCAUACAGUCCGUGGAGGGAUCAUAUAGUGAAAAACUGCAAGAAAUCAGAGACCAGCGUAAGAAAUUAAAUGCUGCUUUGGAUGAACUAGAAAAAACUACUUUGAAAGAAUUGGAUGAAAUUAGGACCAUAUUGCAAAUCUCUCUUAAGAAAGAUGUUGACAACUGCAGCAGACUGAAGGAUGAACUCCAACAACUCAGUGAAGCUGUACAGGGCCUUUGUGAUAAGAGCAAGAAAGAAAUGGAGUUCAUAGCCAGCAGGAAAUGUCUGGACAAAAUACACGAGUCUGAGACUUAUCUAAGAAAGAACCCUGUAAAGGUUCAGAGUUCACUGAUAUUCCAUGUAAACACAGACAUUGAGCAGUACCUGUCUCAACAGUCUAGUCUAGGGAGGAUUGUACACAGCAUCCAGUCGCUCACACUCAAAAUGAUUCCAGACCAGGUGAUGACUGUGAAGAGGAAGUUUGAGUAUAAUGUGAAAAUACCAAGUGACACAGCUCCUAAUUGCUCUAUCAUAGGCAUUUGCAGCCUGCCUAGUGGUCAUGUCAUUGUUGCAGAUCGCACAAAUAAGAAGGUGAAACUGUUGGACAAAAGUUACAAUGUGUCCAGUCACUGUGAUGUGUCUGGUUCUCCAUGGGACAUUUACCCAAUAACGUCCAGUGAGGUUGCUGUUACUGUUAAUUGUGAUGUACAGUUUAUCUCUAUUAGUAAUGGGCAGCUGGUGAUUGGGAGGAAAAUGCAGUUAUCACAUGCUGCUGUUGGCAUUGCCCACCAUCAGGGAGCAGUGUAUAUCACCAAUGGCACUGCUCUCUACCAUUACACACUGACUGGGACACUUGUGAAAAAGAUUUAUGAGGAUCCAGCAGUAUUAUACACUACAGUGUUCAAAUGUGCACUAAGUCCUGAUAGUGAACGGAUCUUUGUCACUAACUAUACAAACAACAAGCUUCUCACACUGGCCAAAGAUGGAGCCCGACUGUUGACCUUCACUGACUCUGAUCUACAGAACCCACAUAGUUUACAUGUAACACCUGCUGGACAGGUCCUUGUUUGCGCAUAUGCCUCCAAGACUGUGAUACAGGUGGAUCAUGAGGGAAGAAAGAAGCUGGCAACUCUUGCUUCAAAAACAGAUGGAGUGAGCAAACCAUUGUCUGUCUGCUACAAUACCAACACUGACCAGAUCAUUGUGGGAGAAUAUAACAAUAAAAUCAUUGUUAUUGAAUUGCAAUAGCUCUUCAAGUGGAAAAGAACACAUUAAUAUAAACACUAUAAAAAAAAAAUAUUUCCAAUUUUUCUGUGAAUUGUUCAAUAAGGCAAGGCAUUUUAUAUCUAGGUAAGAAAAAGGGCAUAUUCAUAGAGUUUAUCUUUUAUAAUUAACAUUUUAAUAAAACUUGUUUUUGAAAAUAAUAUAUUUUAAUGCACCUACAUGUACGC